CUUCACGCCAAUUGCAUCAUCCGUCUCGGCAAAACCUGGGCCAUGGUGAUGGCACAAGGGCAAGACAGAAAGGAGGUAGUGCUGGUUGCAAACGCCCCGCCACUCGACUACUCCUUUAAGGAGUUGCGGAGCUGUGCAGAGCUUGAGACCGAGGAGCCUCGGAGUGGCACCAAGCGCACGGCGGAGUCCAAGGAGGCGAAUGAAGCUCAAGCGGAUCGCAGCCCGAGCUCGCCGACCAGCCCGACCAGUCCGGUGAAGGCCGGCGAGCCCAAGAUGCGGAUCCUGGUCCGCAAGGUGACCACUUCGGUGAAGCUGAACAACAACAUGCUGGAGACCAUUUCCGGCCUUCCCGCGGCCCUGGAGUUCUGCCUGCCCAACCCAUUGCUGAACUUGCAGUGGCUGGACAUCUCCUUCAACCAACUGGUCACCGUCGAACCGGAGCUUCUGAGGUUUCACAACCUCAAAGCGCUCUACAUGCACGGGAAUUGCAUCACCAGGCUCGCGGCAGUAGAUCGACUGAGGAAGAUGCCGAAGCUCCUGUCUUUGACUAUGAAUGGGAACCCCAUCGAGUCGAACAAGAUCUAUAGGGUCUACGUGGUGGGUGCGCUUGGAUCGCUGAGGUCUUUGGACCAUUCGACCAUCACGGACGACGAAGCCAGCAACGCCGCGGCCUGGUUCGAGGGGCACCUGGUGCGGAUGAAGAAGCGCAGGGAAGAGAUGGCUCUGCAGAACAACGAUUCCUGAAGCACGCAAGAGGGCGCCUGAGCGCUUGCAUUGUGCAUAGCCCAAGUGAGCAGCGGCUGACCUGUGUUCAA